GAAACUCAAACUCGUCAAAGUUGUUUUGUGAACUUUUCUUGACAUGUAAAUGUAAAACUGUAAAUCAUUUAUUACACAAAAGAAAGCGUAAUAUCGCAAUAAGUAUCUUAUAAUUCAGUUAGUAAUGUAUUAAAAUUAUCUUUAGUCAAUAUGGCAUUCUUAUGUCCAGUGAGAAUAAGACGGGGGAAGAAAAAGAAAUCAAGCAGUGGAGACUCAGACAAGGACUUAUCCAGACCAGGCUCAGGGCUCAGCCCUGGUAUGGGCCGGAUCACUGGAUCAGCAAGUAUAGAGACCUUAGUGAGAGUUGGUAUAGAGAAGGAACAUGGUCUAAGUCCAGAUUCUAAAAUGGUGGUGCUGCAUGAUUUCGCACCCUGCGUUGAUGAUGAGUUAGAGGUAAAACGCGGUCAAAUUGUAAAUGUAUUAUAUCGAGAAAAUGAUUGGGUGUAUGUGAUAGUGGCGGAGUCACGAAGAGAGGGCUUCAUACCUCACUCAUACUGUGCGCCCUGCGAGCACCAUGACUUGAAGAAGAAAUUACCGAGGAGUAGAUCACCUGCUGAUAUACAACACAGAGAUGUUUCACAAUUAUCAGUCUCAGACGGUGCAACAAACGAUGGGCACUCAGAGCUGGGCAGUGAGGGUGAGGCCUGUCCGUUCAGCAAAGAUCCCUCGGGCAGAUAUGUGGUGUUGUACACCUUCACUGCCAGGGACGAAAAUGAUGUUGAUGUUGAAAGAGGGGAGUUUGUUACAGUUUUGAACAGAGAAGACCCAGACUGGUACUGGAUCGUGCGAAGUGAUGGACAGGAAGGUUUUAUUCCUUCAGGAUUUGUGUAUCCUGCUGUGGUACAAGCGAAUCAGCAAGACAACCCACAGCCGCCACCCCAACAUUCUCCCCCCGCCAACCCCAACAGUACCGUGAUGUCCGCCGUCACCAACAACACGCACAACGACGGCCGCUACCACGGCACGGAGCUAGUCAUGCUGUACGAUUAUAAGGCGCAGGCGCCGGACGACCUGUCGGUGAAGCGCGGCGAGUGGGUGUACGCCGACCUGACGCAGCAGACGGUGGAGGGCUGGCUGUGGGCGCACGCGCCCAAGUCGCGCCGCUCCGGCUUCAUCCCCACCGCCUACGCGCGCGCGCCACACACCACCACCCUCUGACUGACACCUACACUUACUGCCUACAGACUGUUUAUGGUCGCCAGAAUUAACUUCCGUUGUUGGAUAUUAUUAUUAUAUGGCGGGACUCGCCGAUUGCCGAAAAAAAAAUGAUUUUUUUUAUGUUUGAAAUAAACGGCUCGGUACUUGUUUGGCCGCCGCCUUAGGCGAAUGCCUCGAGCGAGGCAUACUACACGACGAGUUGUUUCUCGCGGAAACUCUGUUUAUAAAAUCCUACUCGCGAUGACCACAGCGAUAUUGGGCUUUGUUAUACCUACUUUAUAGUGGUCGUUCACAGUAGGUUACGACAAGAUUUAUCGUCACGUCACGACACAUCAGAAAAUGCAUGAGAUAGACGAUUUUAUAUUAUUGUCGAUGACAUUGUCCAUGAUGGUAUAACUGUAUACAAUCUAUGCAUUUUGGUCCCCUGCAGAGUCGCAACGAUAAAUUGUGUCGUUACCGUGGACGACCAUAAAGUAUAAAAGCGCCUAUUGGCCAUUAAAAACCGUAAUAGUUAUAUCUUUUAUAAUAAUUGUUUAAGUAAACAGUGCCUUCAACUUAGCCUUUACAAUACUAUAGCCAUAUUUAGACCCAUGUAAAAUAUAGGUAAAUUCGUCUUCCAACAUAUUUUCAAAUUUGACGUAAACAUUAAUUUUAGCUAGUGUAAAAAUAUCCGUCCAAAAUUGAUUGAAUCUCAUAUUACGCUUUAUGUUUUAACUUUUUUUAACAUAGUUGUAAGGGAUUAUGUAAUAUCAUUUUGAAAUAAAAUAAUUAGAUACAUACAUAA